AUGGAAUAAGAUCUAGAUUAACUUAUGCAAGAAGAUUAGGAUCUUAAUACUGAUCCAGUUUCCUCAGCAAGUUAAACCCAAGAAAUAAAAAAUAGCAAAACAUUAUCACAAGAUAUUAGAGAUGCUUAGAUAUAAUUGAAAGAAUAGUAGCAGAAGUAAGAUUAAUAUAACUAGUUCUUUGAAGAUUUAAUUGAGUAAAAUGAAAACGCUGAGCUUAAAACUCAAAAAUAGGUGAAUUAGUAACAAGAAUAGUUCCUCAAAAAGUUAAGUGAGUUGGAGGAGAAGCAAGUGCUUUGCAAGAAAAUGGGAGUAUAAGCUACUGUUUGGGAUCCUGACAAAAGAAUAUAUGUGACUAAUCCAUUGUUAAAAGAUUUUGAAGUCGAGUUGAAAAAUCACAGAGGAAAAAUAAAAAAUGACAAGGAAUUUCUAUAAGAAUUAGCCGAAAAAGUUCGCUAAGAUUGGUUGGUUAAAAAAGAGCUUGAAAUCAAAGAGAUUCAAGCUUAUUUCAUGGAGAUUGUUACAGAAGAAAAUAAUGAUGACGAUAACUUAAAAUGUGAUAUAUGUUUAGACCCAAAUUCAUAUGAAGAAAAUGCACUAGUGAUAUGUGAAUUGUGCCUUUCUGCAGUCCAUUAAUCUUGUUAUGGUUUAGAUUUGAAACAUUCAGUUCCAGAGGAUAUGUGGCUAUGCCAAAGAUGCAAGUACUUAAAAAGAGAAUACUGUGAUGUAAUUGAAAAGAAAGGAAAAUUGGAAAAAAUUAGUAAGCCUUUUUGCUUGUUUUGUAAUGAUCCUCAAGGGAUAAUGAUUCAACUCGUAGGAGGGCCUCUAGUUGAUCAUUGGGUUCAUGUUCUCUGUGUUAACUGGAACAGCACUUGUUCUUUUCUUUUGAUCAAUAAUGAAAUAGUCUAUUAGUUAGAUAAAUUGCCUGAAGAAAAAAAACUCGAAGAUAAUCAUGAAUGUGAUCAUUGCAAAGACUCAGCAGGUUAUAGUAUUAGAUGUGAUUUUGGCAACUGUUAGUUGAAGUAUCAUCUACUGGAAAAAUAAGAAAAUAGCAAAGAUAAUAAAGUGCAAAGUAAAAUAAUAUAAUUUGAUACAAAGACUCUAUGUGUCUCAGAUGAUGGAAGUAGCACAAUUAAAAUGAUUUAAGAUUAUAAAAGUGAUAACACAUAGAAUAAUACAUAAACUUAAGAAAAGAAAAAACCUAAAAUCACCUUAAAUUUAAGUACGGAUGAUAAGAGAUAAACAAGGUCUGCGAAAAAGAAUUCCUCAUCUGAGCAAGUUUAAAAGCAGCAGAAAAAAGAAAAUUCAACUGAUAAGGCUUUAAAUAAUAAAAAAUAAAUAAAAUAAAAAAGUGAAUAAUCAUCAUUCGAUGAAAAAGAUGAUGAAGAAAGCGAUGCAGAAGAUGAGGAAGAGGAAGAUGAAGCCAAACAUAAAAAAUAAACUAAAAAGAAAGAAACUUCUAAUAAAAAAAGAGAAAAUAAGAAAUAGAAUAAAAAUGAAAAAUCUUCAAAAAAUAGCAAGGACAGUAAAAAUAAAUUUGACAAAUUGAUAUCAGAUAAAUUUCAAAUUGACAAGAAAAAGAAAAUUAAAAAAGCAAUAUAAAAAUCUAAUGAAAGGGACAUCUUUGCUAAAGGCUACUCUCCAUUAGCAAAUAUGCCUAAAAUUAAUCAAUAAAUUAAACCUCUAAAUAAUCCUGUGACUGCUUCACCGCCAAAGUAAAUAUCUGGAUUAAGAAUGCAUUUGCUAGUAGAACAGAUCUUAUAAAAUAAUAUGCUAUAAAAGUAGCAAUAGCUUUAAAAUUAAUAAUAACAAUAAUAAUAAGCUGACUCAACUUAAAACGAUUUGAGUCCUAAAAAACAAACAAGCUCUUAAGGAAGUACCCAUGAUGAUAGUGUUAGCAAUAGUGCACUUACCUCACCUUAGAAAAAUUAUGCUAAUGAUAGCAUAAAAUUGGUAUAGGUUCAUCUUGAACUAGCUAAACUGAUAAAACUGCCUAAAGUUAUUGUUAGAGUCGAAUAGCUUAUAGUAAGAUUUAAGCAAUAUCUAGAGGAUAAGUAAUGUCUGAGAAUUUACCAAAAUUAAAGCAAAGGUGGUGAUAAUUAAGAUUAAGAUGCAGCUGAAGCUAAAUUUUAUAUCGAUUUAACAAGAGAGGAUGAACUUAGAAGCAUGUUUGGAGUAGAAUACAUAAAGGGCUAUAUAGAGGAUGAAGGUGACCUUGAGAUUUAGCUUUGGAAAAAUUUGGAAAAGAUUGUAACUAUUUUAAAAAUACCUUAAGAAAACUGA